GUCAGGAAUUCGAUGUGAGAUGUUUGGUCAAAGCAGUAAUGAGUAGUCCAGCGAAGAAGAGAAAGAAGAAAGAUGAUGCCGAACCAAAGCCCCAGGUCAGAAGUCUCGACUACUUCUUCGGAAAGCAAAGAUCCCUUCCUGCAAAUGAUGUGCAAAGGUCAAGGGACGAAGGUGGCAUGACUGGCGGCUUCGAAACAUUGGUUAAUGAAGAACGGAAUCAGUCGGUCAUAGAGGACGCCAACCACGAAGAGCUGACGGACGAGCAGCUUGCACGGAAGCUGCAAGAGGAAUUCGAUCGCGAGAAUCAGACCGAACAGCGCGCACAAAACGCUGAUGCGCCUUCAUAUCCCCUUGAUGACACCACAUCUAGCACGAUUGAUGGUAUGGACGAUAAAAAAUCACCACAGGAGGUCGCAAAGCAAUCAUUUUCAUUCCGACCAGGGGCAACGGCAAAACAAACAUUGUCGCUACAAUCAGCAAGCGCAACAGAGGACACGAUCACGAACACCAUUCCCUUUGAUGAAAGUCCAUUGAUUUUUGAGCCCUCAAAGUAUGUGCCCCAGUUGAAAGAUCUUUGGGCUCCAGAGAAUGGCAGUGCCACCUAUGCUCUCUUGACAAGGUGUUUUAUCUUGGUCAACAGCACGCAGAGUCGCAUCAAGAUUGUUGAUACCCUUGUAAAUCUCCUCAGAACCAUUAUUGUGGGAGAUCCGGAAAGCUUGCUACCUGCUGUUUGGCUAGCAACCAAUUCUAUCUCACCGCCUUAUAUCGACUUGGAGCUUGGACUCGGCGGCUCUGCGAUCUCCAAAGCUCUGAAAAAGGUCUGCGGCCUGGACAAUACAAGUCUUAAAUCGCUGUACAAUAAGCAUGGAGAUGCUGGUGAUGUCGCUUUCGAAGCCAAGAAAAGACAAACCUUCACACUGCGCAAGCCAAAACCUCUCACUAUCAAGAUUGUCUUCGAAUGUCUUGUCAAAAUCGCCAACAGCAGAGGAACUGGAAGUCAAGAAGUCAAGCAGCGUAUCGUCGAAAGGUUAGUUCAAGAUGCACGAGGUGCAGAGGAAAGUCGAUACAUAGUACGGACUCUGGUUCAGCACCUUCGAAUUGGUGCUGUCAAGACCACCAUGCUCAUCGCUUUGUCCAGAGCGUUCCUGCUCUCGAGACCACCAACAGCUGACUUUAAAAUUGAAUCAGCGGAAAGACUACGGAAGCUGAGGAAGGAAGACUUGACGCCUAUCUAUACCCACGCAGAGGAAAUUGUUAAGGCAAGCUUUGCGAGAAGACCCAACUACAACGACCUCAUACCAACAUUACUUGAUAUUGGCGUGACGGAAGAGCUGCUCCUCAGAUGUGGGCUAGCAAUGCAUAUUCCGCUCCGGCCAAUGUUGGGCUCGAUUACUAGAGACCUCCAAGAAAUGCUCGUCAAGUUACAGGGGCGUGAUUUUGCUUGUGAGUACAAGUAUGACGGCCAGAGAGCUCAGGUACAUUGCGACAAAGAAGGCAAAGUCACGAUCUUCUCCCGACAUCUAGAGGUAAUGACAGAUAAGUACCCAGAUCUAGUGUGCUUGGUACCUAAGAUUCGCGGCGAGGGGGUGGAGAGUUUCAUCCUCGAGGGGGAAGUUGUAGCCCUAGAUAGGGACACUGGAGAGCUCAAGGCUUUUCAGACACUCGCCAAUCGAGCGCGUAAAGAUGUUUUGAUUGGCAACGUCACGAUUGAUGUCUGCCUGUUCUCUUUCGACUUAAUGUAUUUGAACGGACAAGAACUAACAGAUCGACCUUUCCGGGAGCGGAGAGAACUACUACGAAGCCUGUUCAUUGAGAUUCCGCAUCACUUCACAUGGGUCAAAAGUAUGGACGCCACCUCGACCGACUCGGAGGCUGUCCUUGAGUUCUUCAAAAGUGCACUUGAAUACAAGUGCGAGGGGAUCAUGGUCAAAGUUCUUGACAACGUAGUCAAUCCGGAUCUCGCCGUAUCAGGCGUGGAUGACGAUGGACUAGAGGCAGACGCAGAAGCCCCCAGAACGCCCUCAAAAAAACGGAAGAAGGCGGAUCCUAAGACUCAAGCCAAUGCAAGCAAAGAUGAGAAGCAGAAAGGACGCCGAAAAGCGCUUCUGUCAACCUAUGAACCGGACAAGAGGCUUGAUUCGUGGCUCAAAGUGAAGAAGGACUACGAUAGCGCUGCAGCCGACACUCUCGAUCUGAUCCCAAUCGCUGGCUGGUAUGGCCAAGGAAGGAAGAACAAAUGGUGGUCACCAAUACUUCUCGCCGUGCGCAAUCCAGAGACAGGCAACUUGCAAGCCGUCACCAAAUGCAUUAGUGGCUUUACAGACAAGUUCUAUCAAGAGAACAGAAAGAAAUACGAUCCAGACGUCAGCUUCAGUGACGACGAGGAUGGAGAAGAUGCAGAUGGAGUUGUCCGGAAGAACAACACACUGCCGUCAAAGCCGUCUUACGUUGAAUACUUUGGUAGCCCUGACGUGUGGUUCAAUCCCCAAGAGGUAUGGGAGAUGGCUUUUGCAGACAUCACUCUGAGUCCAGUAUAUCCGGCCGCUAUCGGCCUGGUCAACGAAGACCGUGGCCUGAGUCUGCGAUUUCCGCGCUUCCUCAAAGUCAGAGAGGACAAGGGCAUCGAAGAGGCUAGCGAUGCGGACUUCCUCGCCAGUCUCUGGCGCAAGCAAGAAGCAAAGGGAAAAACAGAAGCUGUCGCCAGGGACGGUAAUUCUGGAAGAGAUACAGCCGAAUACGACGACUGAGUUCGCUCUCAACGUUGUUGCGGUCAUGGACGCUGUGCCACUGCCCGAUGAACUUGCGCAGUGUCCAGUUGUUGUUGUGAGGCAUCACAUGCCCGUACACAUGAAGCCUCGGAAAGUCUGACCUGGACACCGAACGCGCUAGCUUCAAUAGCCGC